AUGACAAAUGAUUCUUCAAACCUAACUACAGCUGAUGAAGCCAUAACGUUUCUGGUGAACCAAGGUAUUUAUGACUUCUGUGGAUUUCAACACUACACACGAUGUCGACGUCACUAUCCGUUCCUCGCCAUUGGCCUCUUAUUGAGAACAACAUCUGAUUUUUAGACUUUUGCUAAUAUAGAUCUAACAGCUCCCAAAGUUCGAAUAAAGGUCGAGACUGCUCUUGCUGUUGAGAAGAUCGAAAGUGUAGCUUUCAGUGAUGGACUUCAACCCGAACAACUGCUGAAUUUGGUCAAGCUAGGAACCAGUGGAAAAUAUGGUGAGUCAAAAUGUCAGAUGACCUCAGAUGUCGGUCGAGAUGUUGCACUAAUGUUACUUAUUACUCAUGUUACUUUCAAUUUCAAUUCACUUUCGUUACUCCUCUGUAGUAACCUAUUAAAAUGACCCCCCUGCUCCCUUAUCUGAAAAUGACCCCCCAAAACCAAUCUAGAUUUUGAAAAUGACCCCCAGCAAAAUGGCCAGCCCCCCAUCACAGGUAAUAUACGACCAGCCCCUAAGAGAAAUCUAUAACUCUCCCGUACUAUCUACUGAACUGUGCUUCUCUGAAAUAAUUUUUUAGGUGAUGGUAUCUCCUCGCGGAUUAUCAAGUGCCUCAUUCCUCAGGGGGCAGUUCCUUCAUUAGCUGUUGUGAUAGCUGUGUCCAGGAUUUGCACCAACAAACUGUCCAUGAACGUCAAGGUAUAGUUUUCGUAGUUUGCCCAUAAGUUGACUCCAUCGGCAAGUAUUGUCAAAUUUUAUGUGACUUAUUUUAUGUUAGUUUAUAUAUUGUUAUUGCAGUAAUCUAAUGUUUCUGUUAGUCAUUUUUAUAUUUUAUUUUAGAGGAAAUCCCGGAAAACCACUUUUAAAUAUGGAGGCCUCCUCUUAAAAUAUGUUUAUUUUUGUUAUUUGUAGUAGAAGUAGUAGGCAGGUUAUGUUUCUUUCAAUUAAAAAUAGGUGUCACGUUGACUGUGUGUACCACAGAAGGUCUUAAAUCAGUAAUCUUGACCCUAUUUAAAGUUAAAAAAAGGUUUCAAUUAAACAUUGGUUAUCUUUUUGCGGUCCAAAACAAAAUAUCCAGUAACCCAAAAAAAGGAGUGAACAGAGCAAUGCCUUUAUUCCUUUUCAGUUUUGUAAUAUGGUAUAUUCAUUUUGUUAACCUUUUUUAGGCUCUGUUGGUUCGGUGGACAUUAAUCAUUUUCAACCUUAUUGAUGACUUGAGAGAUGUUCAUUCCUUAUAUGGGAUCCUUUUCCUCUUCUUGGAAAGUGAUUUACUGGUGAGUUUAUUUCCAUUGCAGGGCCACUAGUUUAUCAGUUUUUCUUGUAACUCUUAAGUGUCCCUUCUCAAAAUAAAGUCUCCAUGCAGUUAUAUUUUUCCCCCUACUAUUUUUCUCACUAAUUAGUCAGUGUGACUUGAGGCAUGGUUUUGUUGGCAUGGCAACUUAUGUCCUGGAGGAGUUGACUUGCCAGCCAUGAGCCUAUUGAGGGCAUAACUCUAUUCUGUGCCAAAAGAAAAAGCCCCCAGGCAUCCCAGACGCUUAACCAGUAAUAAUAAUAAUUUUGAACCAGGAGAUGCUCCCACCAGGGACCCUGGUGGAAGGGUGAUUUUUAGAGAGGUACUGAAAAUAGAAAAGAUUAAAAGAUAAAAGGAAGAUUUAGUGUAAAACGAUAAAAAGCCACAUAAAAUUUCCUGCUCUAAAAACCUUUCACGAAAACCUUUCACGAAACCUACUUGUGCGAAUCCACAGAGUUAAUAUUUUGGUGACUGAAGAACAUAUCGAGAAAUUUGCAUAUUUUAGCAGUCUCACACUGAUUCUGUCCGAACUACCCCAAGUGAUGCAGAUGUUACAUAUUUCUUCUUAUGCUUGUCAUUAUGUGUGCAUUGUACAUAUAAACCAGCUGGGAUCAAUUCAUUGUAGUUAAAUCCCAGUCUUUCAAACUACCUCCCAGGGAAAGAAAGUUUGUUUGGUUUGUAGGGAGAUUUAAAAAAAUUGUAGGUUUAAAAGUGCUAGGAAAGGGAAGUCGUUUUGGUUCCAGUUUUCAGGGGAUUCAGGAAAACAAUGCAAAUGUAUGAGAAAUCAGACCAUGUGUGAAAAUGACAUUUACUUUUAAAACUUUCCCAAAGUUAAUUAUUGAUUUUGUUUGCUUGCUUUUAGUGCCCACAUAUUUGCCAUCUACUCUACUACCUGACACGAAAGGGGGAUGGUAUGAAUUAUUUGAAACUCUUUGCAAAGAUUAAUACAUUAGCAUUUUUGGAGAAUCUUUAUGUUUUCUAUGCCAUUUUGUAAGUUACACAGUUCUAAUUUGCUUUUUAAUUUUUGUUAGUGCGACCAUUCAGGAUCAGAAAGCUUUUGGAUCUACAAAAUCGUUUGGUGAGUUUUGCCUCAGGCUCAUCAUAGAUUCUGUCUUAUUAUGAGGCUUCCUUCCUGGUUUUGUCGUGGAUUAUACAUGUAAAUUAACUAAUGAUAAUAAGGAAAUUAUUGUAUAGGACAACCCUCCAAGCUGCGACCACUUUAGGUGCCAUGGCGACUAAAAUUUUGGUUCUGGCGACUUGAUUCAGAAAAUAGUCGCCAAGUUUACGACCAGAGAAAACUGAUACUUAUAGAAACGACAUGGAUGUUACUCGACAUGGAUUAUAAGCUACCGUGUACACUUGUGAAAACAGUAAAUGCCGUUUAGAAACAUUGUUUUGGCUGAAUAAUACCCUUCUUAAGCCCAAAUUAAUUCUUAACCAAUUAUUAAAACUUUAAUUAUUGAUAUAUAUUUUGGCGCCUAAAAAAAUCCUUUGGCGACUGAACCUAAAGAGUUGGUCGCCAAAUGGCCACCAAAGGGAAAAUUUAAUUUGGAGGGUUGUAGGACUGGUUUUGCUAAAUAAACUAUUAUCCCUUGUAAAACUGUGUUAACUAAUACCAUCUACUGACGUGAUACAACUCACUUCGACUCUGAAGAUGAUCUAACCCCACAGGUUGUCAAAACGUCAGUCACUGUCAACAACAGUCCUAUUGAGGACUUCCUACACCCAGGUGAUCAUACUCAACCUAUUUAUAUAUCCCUUGUAUUUAUUUUCAUUUUUCAGGGGAUCAAACCUUACCUGGCUGGCUUACUCUCUGUGUACAAAAUACACUGUCCAAACCUUGUUACCAUUGCUAUGCCAGCCUCAAAUAAGGUACUGUCAGUCCACCCACUUACUUUAGACACCAUCAUGAAAGAGCUCAGUGUCCCCACUGUUCACGUCACGGGCGUGUUACAGGGGCCGGUGUUAGUAUUACUCUUAAUAUGUAGAUUUAAGUAAAGAGUAUGGAAAGUUUAGAACCAAGAGAGCUGUCUGUAAAUUAAUUCAAAGGUAUUUUUACGGACUACUAUGGAUGUGUUUGACUUUGUGCAGGGUUUAAAUAUGGAGUGGACAAGCCCCUGUAACCCUAUCGCUGAGUUAGUGUUAUUCAGUGAGAUUACAGGUGUUGACUUGAUUCAGGUUUUGUUAACUUCUGGGUCAAUAAAGAGAUGUUUAUUAAAUAUUUAUCAAAUAUACUUAUUUAUUUAUUAUCAAAUUUAUCUGCUUAUUAAUUAGUUGAGCAAUGAUUUCUUUCACUUGUUUGCUUGAUUUGUUACAUCAAAGUAAAUUGUAGAGACUGUUAACCUAUUCUGUAGUGAGUUAUAUAUAAUCAGAAUCAGUCUCAGAGCAUGUUUGAACAGGAUUUGUCACACUAAGUGGAGGGAACUUAAAUUGGUCAACACUAUUACAACUUUGGUUGGAUUUUUUUUUGCCAACCAAGUUUUUUUUAACCUUUUUGCUUUCACAGAAAUUGUGGUUCAAGCAAUCAGAUUCAUCUUGGAAAGAAGCAGUAAAGAAAGUUCAGGUACAUGUAAUUGAUGCAUUUGUGGAAAUCAGAUGAUGGAUGGAUAAAAGAGGAUUGAAAAAGGAGGGAGCAGAAAACUGAGAUGAUCUCUCUUCUUCCUCUGUCACUGAAUUAACGUUUGUGGGGACAGUGUAAAAUUUGUGCACCAGGAGCAUCUAAUUUUAAGUGAAUUUCUUUAUAAAGUAAAACAAAACUUCCAGAGAAAAGUUGCGCAACAGUCUCCUUGUUAACCCUCUCCCCCAAAAUAGGUAGCUACAUUCUUGGUAGAGCACUAGCCUAGCUUAGUCUGGAAGAGGUAGUCUGUGUGGCUAGUUUUCAAAAGGUUUAGGGAGGGAAGUUAAUCAGGCAUCUCGGAAUGAAGCAGUUAAGAAAGUUCAGGAAUACUAGGGGUCCCUUCCCUCUCUUGUUUUUAAGCACCUAACAAGGUUCCCCAGGUAUAGCAUUAACCAGUGUUCAUUUAGGCAUUAGAGAUUGGAGAAUUGUACACUUACCCUGCAGAGUUCUCCAGCUAAUGGUCUAUAGCCUAUGAACAUUUUUUACUCGCACGUGGAGCCUGUUUAAAAAUAUUCUCCUGCAGCGUUACACCUUUCUCUUGCUACUAGAAUUCUUAAUGAAAACCCUGAUUUAACACUUUGUCAGUAAAUCAAUGAAGACCUUGUCUCAGUUCACAUGAUCCUCUUCCGGUCAUUUUGUUUGAACGCUAUUUACUAUGCCCAUUUUUUUUUCCAGAGCAAAUAUAAUCAUCAAACUUCAUUGGAUAGCUACUUCCUUAGAGCUGAAAAACCAGACAAAGCUCCGGUAAGAAAUUAUGUUCCUGAGCAAGUAACAGGUGUACAGCUCUUAACAUUGUCUGUUCUUUUAUUCUUAUACUGUCAAUAAUUAUUUUUUAAGAUAGAAUUAUUCAUAAUUUAAUACUUUGUCAUAAGUUUCCUCCGACAAGAAUAAGUACUAAAUCCUUCCUUCUAUCCGUUUAUUUACCUAUUCAUUCAGUUACCGCAUGUGUUUUUUUCCAUAUCUGUUACUGGUCAAAAUUAGAUUCAGGCUAAAAUUUUUUAACCGAGGUUGAUUCUCUAUCUCCUUUGUCUCCUAGCCCUGAAUAUUCAUGAAUUAGGAUGAGGAGACAACUGAGGAAACUGACAAUCAACCUAGGUUGACAAAUUUUUACCUGAAAUAAAAUUUUAUCCUGUAACAUAUCCAUCACACAUCCAUUCUUAAGAGGAGUACUGAAAGUUUUUCUGCGCAGCUGACCUUGAAAGUAUGUAUUGCAAAAGAUCUCCAGUUGUGUUCACAAACGUAUAUACAAUAUCUGCAAACUAUUAAACCAUGAUUUUUGGUAUUGUAAAAAUUUAGGGGUUGAUUUAGUAUAAAGUUUAAAAGGUCACAAUGUAAAAUGUACAAUUUACUAGUAGUUAAGAGCAGAGUUUAAAAGAUCACAAUUUACCCUCAUUUCUUUAAUUGGUCCCGCUUUCUCUUAAAUAAUGUCACGAGCGCCGUUCUACACAUGACGUAAAAUUUAUGAAAAGGCAUCUGUUUGCUUCAGUCCAAAAAUUCCCCGCACUAACGUCCACUGCCUUACCCCCUCCCCCCUAAACGUCCAGUUGACGUUAAGCGGAGGAAAAGUGCAUACUGUAAUGUUCCGAAAGUAACGGCCCCUCGAAAGUAGCAAAGCUCCGAAAGUAGCGAUAAAAUGUCACAGGUGUUAGCAAAUCUCGAAAGUAGGAUCCUCCCGAAAAUAACGACCCUCCGAAAGUAGAGACCUCAAAUCCUGAACGAAUUAAAUGCCACACUGAUCCGAGGUUUAUCAAUAUAAAUGAUUAUGUCACAUUCGUAUUCAUAACCCUAAAGGUACAGGAUAAACAUUACCUUUUUUCAAAAAAGUAUUCCUUUCACAUUUUUUGCGAAUUUAUUUUUUGAAGUGCCCAUGUGGAGUACACGUUUUAGCCAGCCGAAAGUAACGAGCCUCCGAAAGUAGCGAAAGCACAAGGGUGCUAAAUCCGAAAGUAACGAGGGUCGUUACUUCCGGAACUUCACGGUAUGUUAACGGCUCCUAAUUGUAGGGAGUUAUGGGCUGCUGCUGUAGUAACUACCCUUUGUGAGUGACGCUGUUGUACUUGCAGGCAGCCAAGAGAAGGAAGCUGAGAAGUAGCAGCAUUCCCGUAGUACAAACCACCUCCAUAUCUGAAAAGAAAAUCUCCGUUGAACAGCUUUCUUCUUUUAACGAUCUUCUAGGAAAUAUCGACAGCAUUGAGGUGCAUCUUACUCCUUGAUAUGACCAUAUUUUAGAAGAGGACUGGUUUUGAAAAGCUGGUUUUAUUCUUUUUCGACCCGACUGAAUUAGAUAUGUUUCUCCACGGUUUUUCGCAGUUUCCAAGUCAAGUCGCCUGUGUCCUGAAUUCGCCGUUUUUACAGCAUGUCCUUACCUUUAACCCAGAUUUUGUGAUGCUUCAAAGACUGAACUUUUGGCUCAAUCAUUCUCUAUAUGAAGGUAAUCACUCUUCACUCAAAUUUGUUAUGUGCCCGGCAAAACAAAAAGCUGAGGUUGCUCACUUAGACAGUCUCGUCAAUUUGGGAUAGGUGUGUGUCUCGAAGUUUCUUAAAGCCUGAAUCGAGGUGGACUUAGUAUGAAUUCAUUCUGAGGUCAUUAAACAUUCUCCUUGGUGUGGAUGCUUUUCCGUGGUCAAUAUCUUCUUUUCUUGGUUUACGUAUUGGCUGAUCAAACCUGAACAAAAUGCUUUAGCCGCAUCUACCAAAAAUCAGAAAAAGGCCGAUCGGUCAGGUCAUGCAUUUGGAAAACAAAAAGGGGUUUUUCCUGAUCUUGAGAGUUUUCGCUAAAAACCUAGCCUGUAUAGCUGUCUGUUUUGUUGUGAGAAGCGCCCAACGUCGCUUCGUCGCUCAUCUUGCGUGCUCACCAACAAAGCCGCCAGGCUACGCAGGCUACUAAAGCCGAUCACAGACUAUUUAACAAUUAUUCCACGAGUGCGCGUUGGAUAUGAGAUGGUAUAUAGUGCGUAGCGCCGAAUUGGCUAUAAUCAUCUUAUAUCAGCCAAGCGCGAGUGGAAUAAUUGUUUUGUUAAAAACGUUAAAGGUCGAGACUGCUCUUGCUGUUGAGAAGAUCGAAAGUGUAGCUUUCAGUGAUGGACUUCAACCCGAACAACUGCUGAAUUUGGUCAAGCUAGGAACCAGUGGAAAAUAUGGUGAGUCAAAAUGUCAGGUGACCUCAGGACCCAGUUGUUAGAAGGUCUAUUAGCGCUUAACCCACGGUUAAAUUUAACCCUGCUCUCUUUUUCUUGUGUUCAAAAGCAUUUUCUUGGAUAAUUUUCUCUGUUAUUUUUAGAGCUUCCAAUCAUCAACUUGUAGACGAAAACAAUUAAACUGAAUUUACUUUUUAAGCUUUCAAAUCUGAAUUCAAAUUUCGCACUAAUCCCAGGUUAUCUUAACCCAGCUUUGAACAACCCGGCCCAGAUGUCAGUCGAGAUGUUGCACUAAUGUUACUAAUUACUCACGUUAGAGUGGUUUUCACUUGACUGUCGUAAAACCAAAACCAAAGUAAAUACACUAGCCAACCAAAGGACGUCGUAAAACCAAAACCAAAACCAAAACCAAUCCCAAUUCGACAGUCAAGUGAAAACCGCUCUACUUUCAAUUUCAAUUCACUUUCGUUACUCCUCUGUAGUAACUUGUUAAAAUGACCCCCCUGCUCCCUUUAUCUGAAAAUGACCCCCCAAACCAAUCUAGAUUUUGAAAAUGACCCCCAGCAAAAUGGCCAGCCCCCAUCACAGGUAAUAUAUGACCAGCCCCUAAGAGAAAUCUAUAACUCUCCCGUACUAUCUACUGAACUGUGCUUCUCUGAAAUAAUUUUUCAGGUGACGGUAUCUCCUCGCGGAUUGUCAAGUGCCUCAUUCCUCAGGGGGCAGUUCCUUCAUUAGCUGUUGUGAUAGCUGUGUCCAGGAUUUGUACCAACAAACUGUCCAUGAACGUCAAGGUAUAGUUUUGGUAGUUUGCCCAUAAGUUGACUCUAUAGGCAGGUAUUGUCAAAUUUUAUGUGACUUCUUUUAUGUUAGUUUUUAUAUUGUUAUUGCAGUAAUCUAAUGUUUCUGUUAGUCAUUUUUAUAUUUUAUUUUAGAGGAACCCCCUGAAAACCACUUUAAAAAAGAGGCCUGCUCUUAAAAUAUGUUUAUUUUUAUUAUUUGUAGUAGAAGUAGUAGGCAGGUUAUGUUUCUUUCAAUUAAAGAUAGGUGUCACGGUGACCGUGUGUGCUACAGCAACUGAAGGUCUUAAAUCAGUUAAUCUUGACCCUAUUUAAAUGUCUAAAAAAGUUUCAAUUAAACAUUGGUUAUCUUUUUGAGGUCCAAAACAAUAUAUCCAGUAACCCAAAAAAGGGGUGAAUGGCACAACACCUUUAUUCCUUUUCAGUUUUGUAAUAUGGUAUAUUCAUUUUGUUAACCUUUUUUAGGCUCUGUUGGUUCGGUGGAUGUUAAUCAUUUUCAGCCUUAUUGAUGACUUGAGAGAUGUUCAUUCCUUAUAUGGGAUCCUUUUCCUCUUCUUGGAAAGUGAUUUACUGGUAGGUUUAUUUCCCUUGCAGGGCCACUAGUUUUUCAAUUUUUCUUGUAACUCUUAAGUGUCCCUUCUCAAAAUAAAGUCUCCAUGCAUUUUUAUUUUUUUCCCCUAUUAUUUUUCUCACUGGUUAGUCAUUGUGACUUGAGGCAUGGUUCUGUUGGCAUGGCAACUCAUUGCCUGGAGGAGUCAACUUGCCAGCCAUGGGGGCAUAACUCUAUUCUGUGCCAAAAGAAAAAGCCCCCAGGCAUCCCAGACACUUAACCAGUGAUAAUAAUAAUUUUUAACCAGGAGACUCUCCCACCAGGGGGAUUUUUAGAGAGGUCCUGAAUAUAGAAAAGAUUAAAAGAUAAAAAGAAGACUUAGCUUAAAACGAUAAAAAGCCACUGACAAAAAAUUUCCUGCUCUAAAAACCUUUCAGGAAACCUACUUGCAGGAAUCCAUAGAGUUAGUAUUUUGGUGACUGAAGAACAUAUUGAGAAAUUUCCAUAUUUUAGCAGUCUUACACUGAUUCUGUCUGAACCACCCCAAGUGAUGCAGAUGUUACAUAUUGCUUCUUAAUAUGCUUGUCAUUAUGUGUGCAUUGUAUGUAUAAACCAGCUGGGAUUGAUUCAUUGUAGUUAAAUCCCAGUUUUUCAAACUACUUCCCAGGGAAAGAAAGUUUGUUUCGGUUGUAGGGAGGUUAAAAAAAAUGUAGGUUUAAAAAUGCUUAUAUGCCCAGGAAAGGGAAGUUGUCUUGGUUCCCAUUUUCAGGGGAUUCAGGAAAACAAUGCAAAUGUACGAGAAAUCAGACUGUGUGUGAAAAAGGCUUGUAGUUUUAAAUUUUCCCAAAAUUAAUUAUUGAUUUUGUUUGCUUUUAGUUCCCACAUAUUUGCCAUCUACUCUACUACCUGACAAGAAAGGAGGAUGGUAUGAUUUAUUUGAAACUCUUUGCAAAGAUUAAUACAUAAGCAUUUUUGGAGAAUCUUGAUGUUUUCUAUGCCAUUUUGUAAGUUACACAGUUCUAAUUUGCUUUUUAAUAAAAAUUUUUGUUAGUGCGACCAUUCAGGAUCAGAAAGCUUUUGGAUCUGCAAAAUCGUUUGGUGAGUUUUGCCUCAGGCUUAUCAUAGAUUCUGGCUUAUUAUGGGGCUUCCUCUGUUCCUUCCUGGUUUUGAUCAUGGAUUAUACAUGUAACCUGUAAAUUAACUAAUGAUAAUAAGGAAAUUAUUGUAUAGGACAACCCUCCAAGCUGCAACCACUUUAGGCGCCAUGGCGACUAAAAUUUUGGUUCUGGCGACUUGAUUCGGAAAAUAGUCGCCAAGUUGACAACCAGAGAAAACUGAUACUUAUAGAAACGACAUGGAUGUUACUCGACAUGGAUUAUAAGUUACCGUGUACACUUGUGAAAACAAUAAAUGCCUUUUAGAAACAUUGUUUUGGCUGAAUAAUACCCUUCUUAAGCCCAAAUUAAUUCUUAACCAAUUAUUAAAACUUUAAUUAUUGAUAUAUAUUUUGGUGCCUAAAAAUAUGGCGACUGAACCUAAAGAGUAGGUCGCCAAAUGGCCACCAAAUGGAAAAUUUAAUUUGGAGGGUUGCAGUACUGGUUUUGCUUUAAACUAUUAUUCCUUGUAAAACUGUGUUUACUAAUACCAUCUACUAACGUGAUACAACUCACUUCGACUCUGAAGAUGACUUAACCCCACAGGUUGUCGAAACGUCAGUCACUGUCAACAACAGUCCUAUUCAGGACUACCUUGACCCAGAUGAUCAUACUCAACCUAUUUAUAUAUCCCUUGCAUUUAUUUUCAUUUUUCAGGGGAUCAAACCUUACUUGGCUGGCUUACUCUCUGUGUACAAAAUACACUGUCCAAACCUUGUUACCAUUGCUAUGCCAGCCUCAAAUAAGGUACUGUCAGUCCACCCACUUUAUACUUUAGACACCAUCAUGAAAGAGCUCAGUGUCCCCCUGUCCACGUCACAGGCGUGUUACACAGUGUUCUCCUUGUCAGGCGGUAACCGGUAAAAUUUACCGCUUGAAGCAACACUUCUUACCGUCUGCAACGUCUUGAAGUGUAAAUUGUUGCAAAAAAUAUGCAAGUUGUGAUCCAAGCCGAUCCCCACAAGAAAAGGAAAUGAAUACGGAAAAACACAGCUAUUUUCCAUAAUUACUUUAUUUAAAUGCUGACUGGCACCUUUCAAAGAACUGCAAGCUAACGAUUUUUUCGUGGGCUUCUGUUCCAAUUCUAAGCUUUUUCGACCAGCAGGAAAAGUUCACGACUUCUGCGACUUUUGUUACUAAAUUGACCCUAGCGGCAAAGGCAGCCUUCAUUCGUAAAAGUGUUUGUUUUGAGGUGUUUAAAAUACUUUUCGGCCAAUUGGUUGACAGGAUGCUGGAAAAUAAAAGCCUUCAUGAACGCGAAGCCCCUCCCCUGGCAGGAGAGUGCGCCUCUGGCACAUAUUUUUGGUCUUACCGGUGAAGAAUGGUCCCUUACCUGCUAAGCUAAAAUUAAGGGAGAACACUGGUUACAGGGGUAUUAGUAUUACUAUUAAUAUGUAGAUUUAAGUUAGGAGUAUGGAAAGUUUAGAACCAAGAGAGCUUUCUGUAAAUUAAUUCAAAGGUAUUUUUACUGACUACUAUGGAUGUGUUUGUGCAGGGUUUAAAUAUGAAGUGGACAAGCCCCUGUAACCGUAUCCCUAAGUUAGUGUUAUUCAGUGAGGUUACAGAUGUUGAUUUGAUUUAGGUUUUGUUGACUUCUGGGUCAAUAAAGAGAUGUUUAUUAAAUAUUUAUCAAGUAUACUUAUUUAUUUAUUAUCAAAUUUAUCUGCUAGUUAAUUAGUUAAGCAAUGAUUUCUUCCACUUGUUUGCUUGAUUUGUUACAUCAAAGUAAAUUCUAGAGACUGUUAACCUAUUCAGUAGUGAGUUAUAUAUAAUCAGAAUCAGUCUCAGAGCAUGUUUGAACAGGAUUUGGAACUUAAAUUGGUCAACACUAUUACAACUUUGGUUGGAUUUUUUUUUUGCCAACCAAGUUUUUUUUAACCCUUUUGCUUUCACAGAAAUUGUGGUUCAAGCAAUCAGAUUCAUCUUGGAAAGAAGCAGUAAAGAAAGUUCAGGUACAUGUAAUUGAUGCAUUUGUGGAAUUCAGAGGGUGGAUGGAUAAAAGAAGAUUGAAAAAGGAGGGAGCAGAAAACUGAGAUGAUCUCUCUUCUUCCUCUGUCACUGAAUUAACGUUUGUGGGGACAGUGUAAAAUUUGUGCACCAGGAGCAUCUAAUUUUAAGUGAUUUCUUUAUAAAGUAAAACAAAACUUCCAGACAAUAGUUGCACAAUAGUCUCCUAGUUAACCCUCUCCCCCAAAAUAGGUAGCUACAUUCUUGGUAGAGCACUAGCCUAGCUUAGUCUGGAAGAGGUAGUCUGUGUGGCUAGUUUUCAAAAGGGUUAGGGAGGGAAGUUAAUCAGGCAUCUCGGAAUGAAGCAGUAAAGAAAGUUCAGGAAUACUAGGGGUACUUUCCCUCUCUUGUUUUUAAGCACCUAACAAGGUUCCCCAGGUAUAGCAUCAACCAGUGUUCAUUUAGGCAUUAGAGAUCGGAGAAUUGUCCGCUUACCCCGCAGAAUUCUCCGGCUAAUGGUCAAUAGCCUAUGACCAUUUUUCACUCAGACGUGGAGCCUCUUUAAAAAUAUUCUCCUGCAACGUUACACCUUUCUCUUGCCACUAGAAUUCUAAUGAAAACCCUAAUUUAACACUUUGUCAGUGAAUCAAUGAAGACCUUGUCUAAGUUCACAUGAUCCUCUUCCGGUCAUUAUGUUUCAACACUAUUGACUAUGCUUAUUUUUUUUCCAGAGCAAAUAUAAUCAUCAAACUUCAUUGGAUAGCUACUUCCUUAGAGCUGAAAAACCACACAAAGCUCCGGUAAGAAAAUAGUUUCUGAGCAGGUAAUUAGCUCCUAACAUUGCUAGUUCAUAUUCUUAUACUGUUGGUGAUUAUUUUUUUAAGAUAUACUGUUAUUCAUAAUUUAUUACUUUGUUAUACGUUUUCCCCGACAAGAAUAAGUACUAAAUCCUUCCUUCUAUCCGUUUAUUUACUUAUUCAUUCAGUGACCGCAUGCGCUCUUGUCCACAUCUGUUACGGGUCAAAAUUGAAUUCAGGUUCAAAUUUUUCAACCUAGGAUGAUUCUCUAUUUUCCUUUGUCUCCUAGCCCUGAUUAUUCAUGAAUUAGGGUGAGGAGGCAAAGAAAAGUGAGAAUCAAUCUAGGUUGAAAAAUUUUACUGAUCCGAAAUAAAAUUUUAACCUGUAACAUAGCUAUCACUCAACAAUUCUUAAGAGGAGUGCGUACUAUACAGUACUGAAAGUGUUUUUCGCCCAGCUGACAUUGAAAGUAUGUAUUGAAAAAGAUCUCCAGUUGAGUUCACAAACGUAUAUGCAAUAUCAGAAAACUAACCAUAAUUUUUGGUGUUGUAAAAUUAAGGGGGUGAUUUAGGAUAAAGUUUAAAAGGUCACAAUGUAAAAUGUACAAUUUGCUAGUAGUUAAGAGCAGAGUUUAAAACAUCACAAUUUACCCUCAUUUCUUUAAUUGGUCCCGCUUUCUCUUAAAUAAUGUCACGAGCUCCGUUCUACACAUGACGUAAACUUUAUGAAAAGGCAUCAGUUUGCUUCAGUCCAAAAAUUCCCCAGACUAACGUCCACUGCCCUACCCCCUCCCCCCUAAACGUCCAGUUGACGUUAAGCGGGGGAAAAGUGAAUACCGGUAUGCUGACGGCUCCUAAUAGUAGCGAGUUAUGGGCUGCUGUAGUAACUACCCUUUGUGAGUGACGCUGUUAUACUUGCAGGUAGCCAAGAGAAGAAAGCUGAGAAGUAGCAGCAUUCCUGUAGUACAAACCACCUUCAUAUCUGAAAAGAAAACCUCUGUUGAACAGCUUUCUUCUUUUAACGAUCUUCUAGGAAAUAUUGACAGCAUUGAGGUGCGUCUUACUCCUUGAUAUGACCAUAUUUUAGAAGAGGACUGGUUUUGAAAAGCUGGUCUUAUUCUUUUUCGACUCGACUGAAUUAGAUAUGUUUCUCCACGGUUUUUCCACAGUUUCCAAGUCAAGUCGCCUGUGUCCUGAAUUCGCCGUUUCUACAGCAUGUGCUUACCUCUAACCCAGAUUUUGUGAUGCUUCAAAGACUGAACUUUUGGCUCAAUCAUUCUCUAUAUGAAGGUAAUCAGUCUUUCACUCAAAUUUGUUAUGUGCCCGGCAAAACAAAGAGCUGAGGUUGCUCACUUAGACAGUCUCGUCAAUUUGGGAUAGGUGUGUGUCUCGAAGUUUCUUAAAGCCUCAAUCAAGGUGGACUUAGUAUGAAUUCAUUCUGCAGUUAUUAAACAGUCUCCUUGCUGUGGAUGCUUUUCCGUGGUCAAUAUCUUCUUUUCUUGGUUUACGUAUUGGCUGAUCAAACCUGAAUAAAAUGCUUUAGCCGCAUCUACCAAAAAUCAGAAAAAGGCCGAUCGGUCAGGUCAUGCAUUUGGAAAACGAAAAGGGGUUUUUCCUGAUCUUGAGAGUUUUCGCUAAAAACCUAGCCUGUAUAGCUGUCUGUUUUGUUGUGAGAAGCGCCCAACGCCGCUUCGUCGCUCAUCUUGCGUGCUCACCAACAAAACCGCCAGGCUACGCAGGCUACUAAAGCCGAACACAGACUAUUUAACAAUUAUUCCACGAGUGCGCGUUGGAUAUGAGAUGGUAUAUAGUGCGUAGCGCCGAAUUGGCUAUAAUCAUCUUAUAUCAGCCAAGCGCGAGUGGAAUAAUUGUUUUGUUAAAAACGCCCGCAAAAUAUCGAGAAUUCUUCCCGACUCUAUUUGUAAAAACAACCAAUUCAGCUUGUUUUUAAUUUUGAUCAGACGCGUACAGUUACCCUAUUUGGAGGGCAUGGUAUAAUGGCUCAUAUACCAUGAUGGCUAUUCCAAUCAGAGCUCUAGAAUUGCAUUAUCCAGUAAUUCAGUUUUUAAUAAUUAGGAAUAGACUGGUCUAGUUGGACAGUCCUGAAUUGAGUGGAAUUCGGUUUACAACUGGACUGGCCGGCUGCAAAUUCUGACUUAUGAUACGUUCGUCUAGUGUUAAGACAGUAUCCGAGCCUGCUGCUCGUCGGAACGUUCUAAUUUGCCGUGGGUUUUUAUUUAUGUACCAGACUUUCUGAGUGGACCGUCAUCUGAGUCAGUGGAUCCAAACAGCCUAUUGUUGUUGCAAAAGUUGAAGCAGUUUACUUGUUUCCUUCAGGUAAGUUAUUUUGGAGUGAACUGUUCGCGCCCCUCUCUUAAUGCGUAUUGCCGUUUCCAAAAAGAAAGGGACUAUUUUGCAGUCUAACCAAAGGGAGGAAUGAGUGCUUUCUUAAAAAGCGUAUAGCCUGUGUCUUUCAGGGAUAUUACGGACUUAACGAUCCGACAACGUGACGACAGCGAAAACGUCGCUUCAAAUUUGAAUUUUCGUUGUUUCGGUCUUUAGUACGAUUACUCCAACUCACUUACUUUGUCAAAUGUAGGCAAACCCUCCCGGAGGUGAAUUUCUGAGAACCAUAUUCAGAUUUAGAAAGAGGAUAAAAUUUCGUCGUCGCUUGUUUACGUCCUCCCUAAACAGUAAAAUUAGGCAAUUUCACGUCGUAGUGGCGCAAAAACAGCAAAGAAAUGUACAAAAACGUGAGAUGCACCUGCAAAGUUGUUGUUUUGCCUACUAAACCUAUUGUUGUUUUUGACGUUCUCGUUGCCGUCGUGUAGUCGGAUCGUGAAAUCACUCGCGCCGAGCAACACGCGAAAGAAGCCCCUCGUGUCUCAGCCGCUCGAGACACGAGGGGCUUCUUUCGCGUGUUGCUCGGCGCGAGUGAUUUGCCACUCGAAUUAGAGUUCAGGUACAUCUGUACUUACGAAUUUUAUAUGCGCUGAAUGUAUCCCCAAACAGACACUACGCAAAGCGACUGUGUUUUCCAGCACUAGAGUUUUUCCUGCCUAGCGCGUAGCAGGCCCCGGUUUUAAAGGCAAAGGGAGAUUUUCGACUACGUGCGAGCGCGCGAGGGCAGAAACUGAAGGAGAGGAGGCCCUUCUCCCCUUCGCGUGUUUCACUCUCGCGCUCUAUAAAACCUAACCAAAUAAUCUAACCUGUGCCUACCAUGCGGGCUAUAGAGUUUUGACAUGGUUGCCACAGGUCAGGAAAUGGUUACGAAAAAAAUUUCUUCAAGCCAAGGUCAGGGAAUUAAGGGAGUCCGAGAAAAUUUAAGUAUUUGAAAGAAGUUAGGGAAAAGUGAAAUUUUAAGAGUACAUAUUUAUUAUUUUCCCUCUACUUUUAUUGUUUUCUAACAUUUAAAAUUCUUUUGUACAUUUUACGGGCAAGAGUCAUGUUGUGUUGAUAGAAAAUUGUUCGUGAAAUUGAACGUUGUGCUGAUGCUGGGUUUUCAAGAAAAUCAAUCCCAUUUGCACGAUAUCUUAAGGAACUAUCGAUUCAUGUACACUGCACCUGACUUGCUGAAAGCAUAUAUAAAUGGGUGGAGAGGAUGGCUGUUUGAGGAGAGGAUGGAGGCCAUCAUCAGGACUAAUUUGUGAAACUGUUAAUUCAGUUGGUCAGGGAAAUUUAUAUUUGUCAGGAAAAAGUCAGGGAAUUGCUGUUGCUGUGGCAACCAUGCAUGUUUGAGAUUGAUGGAAACUUCAUAUGCUCUUUCGAAGCACAUAUGAAAUUAGCCGUCUGUAGAAUGAUAUAAUUGCGAAUGCGCUAAAAUGUGGAGAUAAGAGUCUAGUUACUCUAGUUCAUGUCAGUCUCUAAUUAGUUUGCAGUACGUACACUUUUUGUCCUUUCUCUAGGAGUCAAUUCCGGCCGUUGAAGCAUUCCUGGUUCGCUAUCUUUAUACCUGGAAUGGUUUGGACUUUAGGCCACUGGUGCUCCAACUUGUUACUCGUCUUAGCCUGUGGCCUUUUCAGCGUGAGUUAUAGUCUUUGCAGUUGAUCGCCAAUUUUCUUUCUUUUCUCUUUUGUACAGCACAUCAUCCGCCUCUGAUGUACCAGUACUUCGUUCCAAAUUGCUUAAAAACCGUUGUAAGAAAUAACUGAGAAACCAAAAUAGCUUGAUCUCUUCAUCCGUUUUCAGGCACAUUGGCAUUUUUGUCCCUUUUCGUUUUUAUUUGUGACGAAGUCCAUGUGACCAAAUAGGGUGGGCGCCGACAUUAUCACCCUCACGGAAUUUCUUGCGUUGCCUUUUUUAAAGCUAUAUUAUAGAAAACGAGUUAACUUAAUCUUAGCCUGCGAAAACAGCCGUUUCUCCUCGCUCUUCGCCGCUGAGGACGUUUCGCGAGGAAUAACGACGAGAAACGGCUGUUUUCGCAGGCUAACUUAAGCUCCAACCACUGGUUGGAAGCUCCGAUGCAAAAUUACGAACAUUUCAUGAACGUGCUUGUCGGACUGUGUGCUUGUCUUUUGCAGGUUUGAACGACUUGGUUCUUGAGCCUCUUAGAAAGCUUUUCUUCUCCUCUCAAGUUUAUGUGAAGGUUAGUCAGUACUUGUCUUUUUUUCUUUCGGGAAAAUGUUAACCGGGGGUCUCAACUGAAGCUAACUGAGUUUUGUGAUUUCACUUUCUACGGUAGUAACGUGUGUUUAGUGAGUUACGAUAGAACGCUUUCUGGAAUUGUGUUAUAACUAAUCGAGCAACUGCUAAGAAAAUUUUUCAAAACCACCGACAUCAUUCGUCGUGACCGUUUAAUUUGAUUAAUAUAUGGUCGCCUAGGUCAUAAACAAAGCAUGUCCGCGUCAAAAUGCUAUAUACAGCUAUUUCGAGAAAGGUUGUCAGAAAAAAUGUGCACGCGACAAUCGCGAAAGGUACUAUGGGAUAUGAUCAAUACACUGUUCCUGACACUGUAGUUGUCGAACCUACUUUUACUGCUUUCCUUUAGCACUCACAGACAUACGUCCAUGGCCUCUCAUGCAACUCUUUCAAAUUUCCUUGAAGAAUUUGAGUGAACACAAAACCACCCAAAAAUACCUUACGGGAUGGUCGCGUGCACUUUUCCCGACAACCUUUCCCGAAAUAGCUAUAUACAACUUUUCCAACAAAUCAAAAUAAAACUAAGACGCAAAGAGGCACUUUACUCCCCAUGCAGUUUGAGUGGUCAAUGAUGUAAACAUACUGAGGGUCAUUUUUUUAUAUUUAUUGUUGCUAUGAAUAUUAUUAUAGUUGUUGUUAUUCAUUCGUUUUUUGAUUAAUACUGAUGUAGUGCCAAGUGUUGUACUGCUUCACUGAGCUGCUGAGAAAUUUCCUGGCUGUUGAGUUACCACGGCAACAGGAAUUACUUCAGGAGGAGCAAUCUAAGAGAGCACGUGACUUAACUAGGUAAGAAUCAUUUAUCAGACACGCAUUCGGGGCAGAGAGGGGUGGAGAAGACGAAAUUUCGCCCCCGUCCAUGCGCUCACCUUAAGAAGACAAACAAGGAGACUGGGGAUUAGUUAAAGAACGGGAGAGGGGAGACUGGUGUCUGUUGUAUGUCUAGCUGAUUUUUGAAAACAUACUUGCCGAAAUUGUAGCCGUUUCACUGACAAGAAGCUAAAAAGGCAAGUUUCUUGCAUCCGAUAAGCGCGAAAAACUACACCAAGAAAGGAGAAGCAGAGGAAUAAUAGACAUAGCGGGGAGAAAAAAAGGAGGCGAAGAGAAAAAAUGCAAUGGUCGCACUCUCAAUUUUUAUAAAAUUAUAAAAAAAACUACUUGGUUGUAGCGGUUUAAAAAAUCCGGCUAGAUCUAUGUAAUGUAUUUUUUUCGUCUGGGAGUUGUUCAGUGUUAUUAAAACAAGGAAAAUUGAAAUAAACUCAAAUUCUGUUAGUUCAAAAAUGUCGUUGACAAAACUCUUUUAAAAACCUUUUUUAGUGCCUAUCUGUAUGUAUGUGUCAUNUUGUAGCGGUUUAAAAAAUCCGGCUAGAUCUAUGUAAUGUAUUUUUUCGUCUGGGAGUUGUUCAGUGUUAUUAAAACAAGGAAAAUUGAAAUAAACUCAAAUUCUGUUAGUUCAAAAAUGUCGUUGACAAAACUCUUUUAAAAACCUUUUUUAGUGCCUAUCUGUAUGUAUGUGUCAUCGUUCAAUUUCGACUCUGGUUUAAAUUGUAUUUUCCUCUGUUUUGGGGUAUGGUAAAUGUAUGAUGAUGAGUUUGCAAUAAAGGAGAAAAAAAGUGUAAAUUAGUCAAGGACAAAAUGAAACCACGACAUGUAUAUUUUGGUUUUUACUGAAUCUGCAUUUAGUUUUGACGUCUCCAUUUUUCCCAAAAUGUCCAGUUUAUCACUAAUUUUAGUUGAUGCUUACAGAAGAACAUCUAACGUUAGUUCCUGAUCUUUAUUACAGCGUAUCGUUAUUUGUUGAAGAUGAAGCAGAGUCGUUUGAUCCACUCAAGACAAUCUAUGACUUCAUUCACUUUGUGGACAGGAUCUGUGUCGUUUCGCUUCAGGUAUAAGACGGAACCAGGAGAGAAUGAUGUGACAGAAAGGAAAACGCUCAGUCUAGCCCUUGGGAUAUGUGAACUUUCUCCAAAGUUAUUUUUAGACCAACUAAACGCUUGAAUUAAUGGAAAGGUGAUUUCCGGAGAGGUCCUCAAACUUUACUCAGUGCUGUCAAGAGUUAAUUCAACAGUCGCUAUAUAAUACAACAUUCUGCAUUUUUUGCUUUGAGGUAGUCGCGCAGAGACUAGUGAUGACAUUUCAAACAAGCAAUUAUGAUUUGCUCCGGGAUGUUUAAUUACAAGCUCUUAAAAUAACUUAAGUCAGUGGAAUUCACAUAUCCCGGCCAGUGUCCUAAGAUUUCCUCUCCGUCCCAUUAUUCUCUCUAGACGUAACUAAUCUACCUAUCUAUUUCGAGCGCACCCGCGGUAAUUUUACAAUUCUGUCCCAUUCCCAUCUGUUGGCCAUGAAAGAUGCAAGAUCCUCCCUCGAAAGACCGGUGUCACUCUCUAGAUGGUCAAUAAAUAUUGUUGCUGGGCGCUCUCUUGAGCGACUGCCGCGUUUUGGAUCCCAAAGAAGUAGUUGGGAAACAGUCUCAUUCUUGCUUCUCCAACAGUGGGCAAUAAACCUCAGCCGACGCAUCUGGAGACUUGUUGAAAUUGGAGGCAGAUCUCCGUAAAGCUCCUUGUUAGAUAUAUGAUCUCUCAAGCUUAUGUUCAGAUCAGCACGUAGCAGCCUUGUGAAGCAGCCAUCAAGUUGUUUUUGUAGUGCAAAUAAAGGCAUGCAAAACAAGGUCACAUGCGCAACUGUAAGUUUUCUGUGAAAAUGUGCAGUAGCCGUGAAGAGAGGCACAAAAAAACGACACAACUUGAGUGCGACGGCGGAAAAAAUUAACCAAAACAACAACAACAACAACAAAAUAGCGGAACCGGCUUUUUUCGGGAAAUGGUACUUCCAGAAAAACCUACUAUGGAUGAAAAACACUGGAAAACGUGUGAUUUGUGAAAAAGGAAAGCGAAUUGUCUCCGAAUCCAGCGGUUUUGUAAGAGCGACACUUGGUCAAAAAGUGAUAAGGAAACCAUUUAGGUCUCGUUUUUGUUCCGUUUUCCUUCGAUUUAUCGCAAACGAUUAACGCUGGAGUUACAGAUUGGAACAGUGUUAAGUGUUUUGUCUGUUUAUUUUCCAGGUUGAAGGAGACCACGCCCUUUUACAACACUGGAUUCUGAAUUUUUUUGAGCUGGUGAGUUGGAACACUCCGGGCGCUUUCCAUUCAACCCAAAAUUCUGGAAAUUUCGGUUGGUACAUCAAAUGGAACGGACCAUUUCGGUUUGGUCCGACCGGAAUAUUCGGGACCAGCCUUGAAGGUGGUCAACUUUGACCAAUCUGGUUAUUUCGGUCGGUCGGACUGAAAUGUCCCUUUCCAUUUGACAAAACUGUUGUCCCCAGUACCGCUGUUUUGUAUCCUGCUUACAAGAACAAUAACCAAACGCGUGGUGGCUUGGAUCGGGUCUGUGCAACCGGAAUGUACCGUUGCAUUGGGCACGUGAAAUUUCCGAAAUUUCAAACCAGGAUUUUUGUUGAAUGGAAAGCGCCCCCUGUUCCAAAAUUAAUGAAGAAUUCCCUAUUUCAGAAAUAAGGGGAAUAGGUACAAGCUUUAGGCGCAACGAUUUGUUGGAUUUUUUGGGUGGAUAAGGGCUACUUAUGAUUGGUUAAUAGUUGCCUUGAAUACCAUCGACCGACCAGUCAUAACUAACUCUUGUCCAUUCAAAUGAUCCCAGAAAUCACUGCGCCCAAAGCUCAUACCCAUUCUCCCUGGGGUUCCUGAACUGGAGAAUUGGUUCAUGCCUAGCGAGACCAGUUGGAGGAAAGGUCCCAAGAGAGGAUGGGCAGGGAUCCUCUCUCUUGGACCCUUGCUCCAGCUCGCACGCAUAUAGCUCAAUCCUUAUGUGCCUCCCUCAAACAUCUCGUGCUCUCUACGCCAGGGUGAGUUGCUCGAGGCAUUGUCAAGGUCAAUUUUAGCCAGAGAGGAUAAAGAUCCUCUCUUGAUUUUAGCUUGUCGAGUACUCUCCAAACUUCCCCCAAAUUCCAAAUAAGUUGACUUAAAUGAAUUUUUUUUAAAUGGGAUUACAAGGCCGUUCUGGAACCACUUUUGUCUAAGACGCACCUUGAUUGAAGAUUAGUUUGUUGCCCAUUCUGCAUAUUUGUCUUUGUUUUUCGAUCUUUCAGGUGUCAACUUCCCACAGGCAGUUUUCUCUUCCUUUUGUGCUGAUUCCUUCGUCAGGAAUCAUCUACAGAAUGCUGUUUUCAAAUAAUUCUAUGGCAGUCUCAAGAUUAUGUCAUAUCAUUGUCAAGUAAGUACUCAACUGAGGAAAAAAGGCGAGGGGCCUGUCGAUUCAGGCUAAAAAUAUUAGACCGGAAAAUUCGAUCACCCAGGGCCGUUCAAUAUUUUCGCUCAAUUCACACGGACCUAUAUACGGCUAAGCGUCUACAUUUUCGUACGGUUAAUGUUGUUCCGUGUGAACGGAAAAACUAACUGCACGACGUUUCAACCGGUUCGGUGCUGUGCGGUGUACACGUGUCCUCAAACUAAGUUCGAUAGAGUGAUUUUCGUAUGACCUUGAAAAAUGGUUUCGGUAAGUUUUCGUUAUUUGUUUUUUCAUCCAAUGGAUGAAAAGAUCAAAACAUGGACUCUUCGUUUUCCAGCCAAAGAAAACCCUAAUAUGGAAAAGGCAUUGUUCGAUUGGCCAAUCGUGUUGAAGUAUGACGUCAAAGCAAAUUAUCGGUUGAUUUCUAGAAAGUUCUCGGGCAUGAAGUUUUUUCACCCGAGCGUUCGUUUAACCAACGAAAAGCCACACGCGCGUUCGUAUCCGUUCAAUAAACCAACCAAGUCGCUCUCUUUCCGUUCGUUUGUUGUUUCUGUUUUGUUGGCGAGUUUUGAUUUUGAGGUGAUACGAAAAUCGCUCUAACAACGGGCAAUGCAAAUGAAAUGGGACGUCUCGUUGAGGACGUGAACACACGGUUAUGAGUUUUCCUUUCUCGUUUUAAAGUUGGACGCGUCCCCUAAUAAUGAAACUCCAGAAAAAUUCGCCUACAUACCUUUGGACAAAAUGAUUGGAUUAAAGUAAUCGCCAUGACGGCUGAACCAACGUCGUUUCAUAAGCUGAAGUAACCACGGCGACAACGACGACGAUCAAGACAACAGCUCUGCACGUGCGUCACGCUUUUUAGUACAUUUCUUUGACGUCCACUGCACGACUACGACGUGAAACCUCCUAAUGCGUCGUUUUAUGGAGGAAGUGAACACACGACGACGAACUUUCCUUUCUCUUUUUGAAACUGGAUAAAAUCCUUAAGAAUUCAACUUCAGGAAAAAUCGCCUACUUUUGACAAAUUGAGCAGUCCAAAUAGACGCGAUUAAGUUUGAAAGGACGCAAAUUCAUUUUUUAGCGACAUUUUCGCCGUCGACGUCAUAGUUGUCGGUGCUCCCCAGCCCCAGGCCCGGUUUUUGUGGGAUUGACCAAAGCGUCAAAGUAAUUUAAACUAAUUCCAAAGUCUUAUCGAUCUAUUGCUUUUCAGUUACAAGAAGGAGUUUGAAUCGCUCAAAAUAUCGCAAGGAGAAUCUCAGGUACGUUUCUAUGGGCAAAGGGAAAGGGGCAAUGCACAGAUUUGCAGUCAAGAUUUUGCCUGGUUUCUUGUCGUUGGCUAAGACAAGUGCCAUAAGAAGAAAUUUUACCGUAAUUGUAUGAGGCAGCCUUACCAACACUGGUCCUGCGAAUGUGGUCACGGGGCAGAGAAGGAGUUUUGAAAAAUCAACGAUACAAGAUCCAGUUUCUGAAAACUGCAAAAAUUUAUCCGCAGCAGGAAAACCUAUAUUUUGCAAUCUUAAAAAAAAAAAAACGGCGAUCGGCAAAAUUAAACUCCCGCAAAAAUUUCACGCCACACGGUAUGUAGGUCCGCACUGUGUAUAUACUGUCUACAACCGACAAUAGCUCAGUGGUCAAAGCGCCUGUCUGGUGUCUGAAUUGGAUUGGUGAUUGGGUUCCCACUGAGCAUUCGGACAUAUUGAUCUUAUUCCUUUGCCCUACGCUUGUCACGACAUGACAGAUAUAACAUCUUCCUCGGGUUUGUUUUUUGUCAACAGAGCACUCCGCUGGCAUUUCCUGAUGGAUUUCAAAGUAUACAGAGAUUCAAUCAGUACAUUUUGGAUAUUUGCGAUAGUCUGUGGCGAAAUAAAGCUUUCAUAGAUAGAGAGAAAUCAUUUUGUUUCAGCAUUCCAAGGUUGGUGAUAUACCAUCGAUUGCAUUUAAGCGUGGACAUGAGACAAGAAAACAUCUUCUAAUAGAGUGCUAGACAUGACAUGUUUGGUCGCCAAACAUUGGAAGUUUGAGGGCUGUUAAAGCAAACUGUUGCGCCAAAGGUUUAAGUUGUUUAUAUGUUUUUGAGCAUCGCGUUCCGAUCAUCUUUUAUUUUUCUCAACUUUCAGGAAUAUUAGAAACAACGCACUUGCUUUUAAGAAUUAUUCUUUGGAGUUUAUAAUUCCAGACUGAUUCUUCUCAACGGAGAAAAAGCAAAUCUAGUCGACAAACAGCCGCCUACUUUGCAUGUGAACUUUCGUCUAACGCCAUCCCAAACUUCGAAUGUUUGGCGGCAAAACAUGUCAUGUUUGCAUCCUUUUUGUCACGUGUACACGCUUAGAUAUAAACAGGAGAUAGGUAGUAAGUCGAAGAUCUGCUAAGCAACGGAAGUAAUGCUUUCUUUGACUGCAGCUGCAUCAUAGAGGUACCGUAUUUACUCAAAUAAGCGUUGCAUUCAGGGAAAAAUUAAAAGGCGCCGCCCCCGAAUAAGCGCCGCGGCCCUGAUAUAAUCAAUAUCGAAAGACUACAUUUCUUUGUCGCGUUCAACUUUCAAGUAAAUGCCACCUUCGAAUAAACGCUGCACUUGAAGCGUAAAAAAUAUCACAAGCGCCUCGGUGCUUAUUAGAGUAAGAGUAAAUACAGUGCUUUAGCACCCGCGCUUGCUUUACGAAUAAAAAAAUGAAAAUGCUCAAAACGAUGAGGGAAGUUAAAAUCGUUGAGACGCAAGUACUGAGAAGGAGAGAAGAACAGCGGUAUGUGAAGUCCUGCCUCUUCCUGAUAGCAGUGUGUAUUCACUUUGCAACCGUCGUUUGGGGGCAAAUUUAAGAAAACAGCCGCUUGGUUUACCGUGAACUUUUAGAGAGAAACAAGAGCGUGGGGCAUAGAAAGAAUCUAAGUUUCUUUUAGAAUAAGAACUCACGAAAUCCAAGCUACUUUCAUUUCGUUUUCUUUUCUUUUUAAGCUCAGUGACUGACUCUCUUGCUGUGCGCCACAUGAACGAGUUGUUUUCAAUUCAUCACCACAUAUCUUUGGUGGGAGAAGCUUGGAAAUUUCUUCAUCAGGUGAGGGACUGAUUGCUUCUUCACGAGUUGUCAAGUUAAACACAUCAAUACGAAAUUCUGCUUUCUCCAGUCACAGUUCCCUAACUUGUUUAGUAAUAAAGCCUUUCAAAGCGUUCGCAUCGGGUUUACAAUCCGAAUCUGACUUAAUAUUUUCUUUUCAAAUUUCAAGACUCAGUCUGAAGGCAUGAAGCUCACUCCAAGUUUAAUUAAGGUAAGGACUUGCCCGCAAGAUCAUUUUAAUGAUAAACUUUUACCUUGAAAACGAACUUUAGGAUUUUUUCCUUAUCUGGUAAAAACAGAUUCCUUGAGCGUAAACAGACUAAAAACUUGACGCGUCUGACUUCGCUAAACCAAUCAAAUUGGCACCUGAAUUCUUUGUUCGUUUGUUGUCUUCAUUCGUAAACUUUACACGACAAUCGCUCAAUGACUUUCUUGGCCCUCAUAAAAGAGGUUAAAAAAUGGAAGGGCGAUUUCUACCAGGUAUUCUGCCUAACGUGGCCCUUGUCAGUGCUACUAUCAAAACAGACAGACGUUUCUUCUUGUUUUCUCUUUUGCAGGGCCGAUCAAGACGUGCUUACAUGGACUAUUUAAAACAGAGAAAUAUUGGGGGUAUUCUUGUAUUCCUGGAUACGUUUAUCAGACCACGCUCGUGAAAUCGAUACGGAAUCGUUGUGGCUUAGAGG